AUGGGAUGGAGGUAUCUCCUCUUCACGCUAGGGGGAAUCACCAUACUCGUCUUCGUCUUACGAUCGGUCAUUUUCACCUUCCAGGAAUCGCCGAAGUUCCUCAUAUACCGUGGCAAGGAUGCCGAAGCAAUCGAGGUACUGCACACCAUGGCUCAAUACAACGGAUCCAAAUGCGACCUCGUUCUGGAGGAUCUUGUAUCCCUAGAGCACGAGUUUGAUUCAGAUCGAAGUCGUGGACCUAUGCUUGGAGGUGGUGUCAAGCAGCUCAAAUCUACAUGGACUGAGAAACUCAAACUGGAAGGCGAUCGCUUCAAGCUUCUAUUCUCGAGCUUUCAGAUGACAAGGUUGACGCUUUUGGUAUGGUUGACGUACAUAUGCGAUUACUGGGGUUUUACCGUUGCUGGCACUUACCUCCCACAAAUCCUGGCUGUGAAGAAUGGCGCCCUCGACCUUUCUCUCCGCUACACCUACCGCUCUUACAUCUUCAUCUACCUUCCUGGAGUCCUCGGCGUUGUUCUUGGCACCUUAUCUUACCGCGCAUCGCGGGUUGGUCGCAAAUGGACAAUGGUCGUUUCUUCUGCAUUGAUGGGCAUCUCCAUCUUCCUUUUCAGCAGUGUCAACUCAGCAGCUUCGAACAUAGGCUUCAAUGUCAUGGAGUACUUCUUCCAGUCUAUGUUUAACUCCGUCUUGUAUGGUUGGACACCUGAGGCCUUCCCAGCACCCAUCCGAGGAACAGCUUGCGGCAUCGCGAGUUUCUGGGGCAGGCUGUUUGGUAUCGUCAGCCCGCUCAUUGCGCAGCAUCUAUAUGCGGGGGAUGGCGCUGGAAGAGACAUCAACAGCGUAUUAUACCUUGCUGGAGGUGUGACAUUGGGCUGCGUCAUCACAACGGCACUGUUGCCCAGCAAUCUCGUAGGUCGACAGAGCCUGUAG